UGCUAUGGUCCGGUUGAAGCUAAAAGGGAGAGCCGUGGGAAGUCGCUGUUGAAAAAAAUUAAAAAAGCAGCUACCAAGUGCAUAACGGGAUCACACUUUGAUUUCUGGGAUAUUGCCGACAGUGUGAAUCGAAAAAUUAGCGAAUUUAUGAAAACUUAUAAUAAAGAAACAGGCUCAACCACGAUGACUGAUCUGGAUUUCGAGAAAAUCAAGCAUGAGUUCUCAUUUUAUGGUUCACAAUUGAAAAAGAUACGCGAAACAGUAGAAAAAGGCAAUCCAAAAGACGAUAACAUCGAAAAGGUUCACAAGUAUUGCAAUGAUAUAUUGCAGAAUUUGAUCGCUAUGAAAGCUGUAAAACAGCAACAUAAUCUUUGGAGUACGCUUGCUCAUCAAAAAAGACACAUAGAUUGGAAAAUGCUAGUGACAAGUAAACCAACUGAGCGACCCACACACAAUUUAUUUGUCAUGAGAAAACCAGAUUGCAUGAUAUAUUCGUAAAUAGAAAAAAAACGG